UUUAAUAUUUCUUUAAUAUCAAAAAAUAUAUAAUAUAUAUUUUAAAUAUAUUCUCUAUUUUUUUUUUGAAAUUUUCGAAAUUUUUAUAUAUAAAAUUUCGAAUUUUUUUUAAAGUUUCGAAAUUUAAUAUAUUAUUUUUUUAUAUCAAUAUAUAUAUAUAUAUUAAAAUGUCGAGAGAGUCCGGUAGAAGGUCCGUGGAUAUGGGCGCCGUGAACCGAAGUUCGAGUAGAGGCAAAGCAAAAGUCACCUCCGACGGUUCGACCUCACGCGUUUCUCAAGGAAGACACUCCGUCUCUUCCUUUCCUACUAUCCCCGAUCACUUAAUCGGGGACGCAAUGACGGAUGAAGAAUUCGACCAGAUUUAUUCUGAUAGAGGGGACGCAAAUCUCCCCACUCUUGAUAGUGUAUUCGAAGAUAUUGAUGAAGCAAAUCUGGAUAAUCUGGACGGGGACGAUGAGCCUACACCGCAGAGCAACGACGUUGACGUGGAGUCAGGGACUAGAAGCUAUGGGCGGAGUUUUGACGAAUAUUAAAGAAGGAAUUAAAAGAAUUUGGGGGGCUCGUCUUGUUUCGAAAAAAUGGAAGAUUUUCUGUAAGUCUAAAGGUAGAAAAGAAAUAGUUUUUGCAAAAGAUAUCCACAUUAGAUGGAAUAGUACAUACAAAUUGAUUCAUCAGAUUCUAAAAUAUAAAGAGGAACUUGCUGAAUUUUUUAGUGAUGAACUUCGUAUAAUCAUUGAUCCUUUUGAAUUUGUACUUGUUGAAAAAUUGAAUGCCGUAUUAGAAGUUUUUAAUAACGCAACUCUUACUUUUUCUCAUGUUUACCAACCAACUACAAAUACAUUUUUAAAAGAGUGCGUUACAAUCGCAACAUGUUUUCGUGAAAGUAAGGCUGAUCCAGAUUUGUACCCAUAUGUCUCUCCUAUGAUACAAAAAUGGUGUUCUUAUUAUUUGUACAUUCUUGAUCUUUAUAAAAUAAGUAUUAUUUG